GAGCGCGCUCAGAGCGCAUGAUUGUACCCGCCGUAACCUCGUUUUCUUUGUUUACAAUUCAAACGACGAAUUGUUGUGUACAAUGUGUAUCGACGUGCAUUUAAUUAGUGUUUGUAAAUACAGCUGACAGUGUUUUUUUAUUAUAUAGACAGUAAAAUGGAAUGGUUAAAAGAUAAAAUGGGUUUGGUGGGUCGAAAUCGUACAGAGGGCGAUGCGCUGGAGUCAGCUCAGGAACGUCGCGAGCGCUGGAGGAGUGUUUAUAUCAUAUAUUUCACUAUGUUCCAAAUGUCACUUGGUUUCAGUAUCGUGCUUACUGGCGUGUGGCCUUACCUUGAUAAGUUGCAGCCAGGGUCUAGCAAAGAAGCUUUAGGGUUGGCAGUUGGAGCCAGUCCGCUUGGACAACUCGCAGCCUCGCCUUUACUCGGUUUUUGGGCAAACCGUGCAGGAAGUGCUCGUGGCCCAAUGUUAACAACCCUGGCAUUGUUCGUCAUGGCAUCAACUUUGUACGCACAUUUGCACUUGACGCGCCCAUAUGCUCAUCAUUGGAUGCUGGCAGCAAGAGCUCUUGUUGGAGUUAGUUCGGCGAAUGUGGCUGUAGCAAGGUCAUAUUUGUCGGCUGCAACCCGUGAAAGCGAAAGAACGAGAGCUGUUGCUGGAGCAUCAUUGGCCCAAGUCCUAGGUUUUGUAGUUGGCCCGGCUCUACAGGCUGCUGUUGCCCCUCUCGGGCCCGGCGAACCUUACCCUCCACUCGGACAAUACAAUCAUCCAAUAAGGUUGGAUAUGUACACAGCUGCCGGUUGGAUUAACGCAGUACUAGGACUCAUAAAUUUUAUUCUCUUUCUUCCUUUCUUUUUUAAAGAAAAGAAGAUAGCUGCCAGAGAAGCUAUGUUGGCUCAUGGCAAGGAAACGGAAAAAGAAGCAAUGAAGGCUAUUAAACCGGACUAUGUCAGUAGUUGGAUGCUUGUUGGUGCUUUCUUCGUUUUGGUGUUUAACUUCGUUCUUCUUGAGACUUUGGCAACUUCCCUAACCAUGGAUCAGUUUGCAUGGAAUAAGAAGCAAGCAUUAGAAUACAUGGGAGCACUCAUGAGCGCUGGCGCAAUAGUGGCUUGUGUUGUGUUCGCGCUCAUUACGCCUCUUACUAAGUUAUUUGAGGAAAGAGCAUUGUUACUCUGGGGAGGUUUUCUGUUAACCGGCAUGGCAUCAAUACUCUGUAUUCCCUGGGGUCCGGGACCUCCACCUUUGGCGGGUAGCUCCGGUGUAACGGAGGAGGCAGGUGGCGGCUGCCCUCAGCACAGCCAGCCCUGGUGCGAGAAUUCACGCGGUUUAACUAUCGUGCAAUUCUUAUUGGGAUAUACCUGUGUGUCUAUUGGUUAUCCGCUAGGAGUUACACUUAUACAAACUAUAUUUUCUAAGGUUCUAGGUCCUCGACCUCAAGGCGUCUGGAUGGGAGUCCUUACAGGAGCCGGAUGCGUCUCCCGUGCACUUGGUCCAGUGUUCGUGUCAGCAGUUUACGCCAGACAUGGACCCGACGCUACCUUCGCAUCGACUGCGGCUUUAACCUUCGUAGCGUUAUUAGCUUUGAGGCUUGUAUACUCCAGGCUGAAGCCACCUCCCAGCCCAGAGGUUGUACCACCAAGAGAGAUGAUGCCGUUAAAACAGAAUGAAAACGUAUCGUGAUUGUGAAGAACAUCAUUAUUAAAUCAUUAUCAAAAAUUUAGAUUAAAAAGGGAUACAAACAUAGAGGAUUUUUAAAAAUAACAAACACAGUAAUUACUUGUAAAUAGAUAAAAUAAAAUUGUAAUGUAAAUUAAUAAUAUAAAUUUUUAUCGCGCUAAUACUAGACAUCUUCUUAAGAAUGCGAGGGGCAGAGCGGGAUAGGUAAACACAAAUAUGUUAAGCAUGCUCAUUCUACCGUUACAUGAUCAAAUUUUUUGCACUGGUUAAUUUUUUAAGCACAAGAUAUAAAUCCUGUGAUAUUUUGACAAAAAAAUGUUAAUAGUAAUAUUUACAAUUGUUGUAGUACAAAAGGCUGACAAGAAAAGUAUGGGACUCAUGUAUGAUAUCGGUAUUAAUAGAUAAGUUGUAGAGGCUACGGGAGUAUUAGCCCGUACCGUAAUUCGAAUUGGUAGUGGAGGAAAUUCCUUUCGACAAAUAUCGUUUAUUUGGAAGUGCAAAUUCAACAGUAAAAAAAAUAUGUCAAACAAAAUUUUAACUAGGUGAGUGAAACAUUUAACAAUUUAACUCAGUCGAAAGCUCAACUCUUUUGUGACCUGAAAUAUAGAACUCAGGCCAAAAAUACUUAUAUAAUAUACCAACAACAAAAUAUUAACGGACCGAGUUCGUUCCUUUUAUGAUUGUUCAACUUUCAGUGUAUUAUCCUCAUCGUAACUCAAAUAAUAUAUUUCCGUCAUUGUAUUAUAAAAUUUCACAUAUCAAAGGAUUCGUUUAGUUAUUUGCGCCAAAUCAAUGUUAAACAUUUUAAAUACAUACAUGUAACACGGCAUGAGUUUUAAUAAAGUUUUUAUAUAGAAAGGAUAAUUAAUUAAUACUUUCAUGUGCCUAUUAAUUUUAUUAAGCCCGAAAAAUAAAAAACAUUACAUUACAUUAGGACAUUAGUUUGUAAUUUGGUUAUCCGGACAUUUAUUUGACAUCAAAUAUGACAUAUGUCUUGUCGUUAACCAACACCAGCUUUCCCUUAUCGCAGGAGGUUACUAGCAUAAGCGCAGAACUAAAAUUUACUGACGACGAAAAGCAAUACAAGUGUUUUUUAUAAAGUUAUAACCAAUUUAUUUAUGUAAAGUAUACUAAUAAUAUAAUGUUGUGUAAGUGUAACCAAUAUAUAUAUAUUUUAAGUGUUUUAUUGAUAACAUUAGUUUUGGAUUUGAGGUGUAUUAAAAUACAAGACUGAACGUUUAUAAUGUUUACAGAUAAUGAAUUUAUUUGUAUAUAACAUAUGCUCAAGAGGACUAUUUUUAUUUUAAGGCCUUAUAUUUACUAAAUAAAUUCGAUGAAAAGAC